GCCGCCGAGAGCCGCACGUGCAGGAGGCUGAGCCGGGGGCCCGGCCCGCAGCCCCGGUACCGGAGCCGCCCGCGCAGCUCCGCCCGCGGCCGCGGCGUGGCCCGGAGUGCGGGACAGCGGCGGGCGGGGCCGGUCCGGUCCCGGGGGCCAGCGGCGGGGCGGGGCGGCGGCGGGAGCCCCGCGGCAGGGCUCGGCCUGAGCCGGCUAUUUUUGCCGCCGGCCCGGGCUAAUCCCCUGAGCCGCCUCCCGGUGUUAGGUAACGGCGCGGCGGGAUGCGCUCGGCGGCGGCCCCGGCCCGGGCGGCCCCGGGCAGUCGCUGCGCGGCGGGGCCGGUGCGGGCUGGGGGCCGCGGGCGCCCGCCGCCGGGCCCCGGGGGGUAGCGGCGGGCAGCGGGGAGGACUGGGGUCCGGCAUGCCGGGACCCUCCCCCGGCGGCUCCCCGGAGAGGGAGGCUGGAGCCCGAGGGCCGCCUCAGGGGCCAGGCCGGAGCAGGCGGGUGCGGUUCCUCCUGCCCCACACCGCCAUCCCGCUGCCGUCGGUGCGCCAGGAGGAGCGGCUCUUCUACCGGCGGCUGGAGGCACUGGUGGCCCUGGGCCCCGGCGGCUUCGGGCCGCUCUUCGCGGCCGACGGCUGGAGCGACCUGACGGAGGACCGGCUGCUGCGGAAGCGAGUGAUGCAGGACGGGCAGGGCGGGCCGCGGCCGCAGCCGGGCCAGGAGGUGUCGGUGAAGGUGCUGGGCGCCCUGGAGGACGGCGGGCUUGUGGAGCGGGACCCGCGGCUCACCUUCGUGCCGGGCCACGGCGACGUCGUGCAGGCGCUGGAGCUGGGCGUCCCCACCAUGCAGCCCGGGGAGGUCUCCUUCUUCCUCGCCGCCUUCCCCUACGGCUACGGCCGCCCGGGCAGGGAGCCCGACGUGCCGCCCGAGGCGCCGCUGCUGUUCGAGGUGACGCUGCUGGAGGUGCGGGACGGCCCCGACCCGCAGCCGCUGCCGCCCGCCGACCGCCUGCUCCUGGGCGCGCAGCGGAGGGAGCGGGGCAACUUCCACUUCACCCGGGGCGACUUCGCGGCCGCGCUGCACUCCUACCGCCUGGCCCUGCGCGCCCUCGACGGGCCUGCCUCCGCCCCGCCUGGGCCGCAGGAGGAAGAGGAGCUGCGGGAGCAGCGCGUCAAGUGCCUGAACAACUGCGCGGCCGCCGAGAUGAAGCUGGAGCGGGCGGACGAGGCGCUGGCAUCCUGCGAGGCGGCCCUGAGCAUCAGUCCCGACAACGGCCGGGCGCUGCUCCGGCGGGGGCAGCUGCUGGCGCAGCAGGGCCGGGACGCGGAGGCCAUGCUCGUCCUGCGGAGAGCCCUGGAGCUGGACCCGGCCAGCAAGGUGAUCCACGCCGAGCUGUCGCAGCUGGCGAAGCGCCGCAGCCCCCCGGCCAGCGCCGCCCCCCAGGAAUCCCUCCACGGGCCGGUGCCGCCACCGAGCCCCGGGUACGUAGCGGCACAGGCGGUCGGGGCGGGUUCCCGUCCUGGGCCCGCUCGGCCCCGGAUGGCGCUUACGACGGUCCGUCCCCGCAGACCCCCGGCACCGCCCGCGGCGGAAGAAGAGGCCUGAGCGGCGCUCCGCAGCGCGCCCAGAGGAGCCGCCGCGCCGGGGAUGAAGGAGAAGCUGCGGGGCCGCCGGGGCCCGGCCCGGGGGCGGCUCCGGGCACCCGCUUACGGGCACCCGGCCCCGCCCCCCGCAUCGCCCCGCCCCUCCCACGCCGCUCACGAGGCCACGCCUCCGUCGCGUCACGAGGGGGCGUGUCCCCUGCCGUCCCCCGCGCCCCCCCCGUGGGCGCGGCUCCGGCGCCUGCGCUCCAGCUUCCGCCUUUUUCGCCCCCGCCGGCGGAUCGGCAGCCGUAGCCCGCGGCCAAUCAGGCGGAGCCUAGC